AUGGAGCGAAAAACUGAUACUGGAAUUUCUAUUCUUGUCGUUGGCGGGGGGAUCGCCGGCUUGACAUUCUCUAUCGAAGCAUACCGUCAAGGCCAUCACGUUCGAGUGAUUGAGCGACGAGACGAAGCAAAAGACUUUGGCGAGUUUAUCGUAAUCACCGGCUCCGCACUGCGCACCCCUGCUGGCUGGCCGGGGUUUAUGGAGGAAGCUGAGAAGCACGUCAUGGACCCUAUAGCAUAUCUCCAUAAGUUUGAUGACGGCGAACUGGUUGGCGAGUGGCCACUCGGCAAACCUGGCGACUUAAAGCUCGUUAUUUACCGCGCCAAAUUACACGAGCUCCUCUACGAAUAUGCACGUCGUCUCGGAAUCGUCACAUCCCUCUCCACAGCUGCUGUUGGCUAUUUUGAGACUCACGAAAAAGGCGGUGUAUUGCUGAGUGACGGACGACGGCUCGAGGCUGAUGUCGUCGUCGCUGCAGAUGGAGUCGGUUCCGUAUCAUGGCAGCUGGUUCUAGGGGAAAAGGCAGCCCCCAUCAGCUCGGGAUACGCAAUUCAUAGGACCACGUAUCCAGUCGAUCGGGUAAUUAACAACCCUGUGUUAGGGCCCGUCCUCAAGGCUAAGCGGACUCAUUUUGCUUUCUAUGCUGGCCCGGACUCACACCUUGUUAUGGGAAAGACGGAGAAAGAAGUCAGCUGGGUGCUUACACACAAGGACAACGACCAAGCCACCGAGAGCUGGACGGCAAAGGAUGACAGCCAAAACAUGGCCAAAUUCGUAGACGGCUGGUGCCCAUUUGCACAGGAACUCGUCAAGGCUACUCCCGCGGAUGGGUUACUCGUUUGGAAGCUCAUGUGGCGUGACCCGCAGCCUAAGUGGGUGUCACCGCAUGGACGGGUCGUCCAGAUAGGUGAUGCUGCGCAUCCCAUUUUGCCAACGUCAGGAAGUGGCGCGACCAUUGCCAUGGAGAAUUCCAUUUCCUUGGCAACUUGUCUCAGAAUAGGGGGGAAAAGUGGUAUACCCCUCGCAACGCGGGUCCACAACCAUCUUAGGUUCGAAAGAGUAUCUUGCGUCCAGAAACAAGGUUUCAAAACCCGCGAGUUCCUUCAUAGAACUGAUUGGGAGGUGGUUAUGAAGUCGGGGGUUCAAAACCGGCUUGGUAAAUGGCAGCUGGAGCAUGACCCUGCCAAGUACGCCGAAGACAACUUUGAAGCGUGCGCCAACCACCUUUUAUAUGGCAAGGCUUUUGUGAACACAAAUUCAGUCCCUGGGUAUGAAUAUAAGGCUUGGACUGUGAGGGAGUUAUUGGCAGCGUCAACAGACGGCAAAGAUAUUCAGGACGAAGGAGUAUGGAUGUAA